AAAGGGAAGUAUGGCUAAAAAUAAACACACGACAUCAGCUCUUGCAGAGAUAAAAACGCAAAAUCACUGUGAAAACUUUGUGAAAAUUCUGUGGAAAAGUGUCUAUGUGGAGAGAUGUAUAGACGUACAAUGACUGUGGUUUAUAAACCACUGAAAAAUAAUCAUAUUGUCCUUCCGGAAGGCUACUUUCGUCUGGUCUCUACUUAUGAACAUGGAUGUCUCAAUGUUUCAUUCAACUAUGGUGAGACAUGUCAUCUGUCUUGGGCAUCGUAUCCGGGCACCAAUUUGCAUGAUACAGAAGUGGGAUUGAAUUCUGCAACUGCUCAGGCAUUGGGGCUCAAAGAGGGUUCUAUUGUUAAGUGUAGUUUGGUGUCUGAGGCUAAGUAUGUGGCUCGGGUGUUUGUUACUCCGGCCAGUCAGACGGAUUGGGAGAUGACACAGCUCAGUGCUUCGAGGAUUCAGGCUACAAUGCUCGAUCAAACGAAGAUUGUUGGUGUUGAUCAGAGGAUUGUGGUGUGGCUGAAUAAGAGUAUCUCAGUUGUGUUGAAAGUUGAUAAAAUUGAGCCUGAGAUGGAAUUUGGGCGAAUUGAAAAUGACACUGAAUUAAUUGUUGCACCUUUUGUGAGCAAUCAAUUGGCUCUUCCGGCCAAAAAGGCCAAUAGAACAUCUCUGCAUAUUCCUCAGGAAGAGGCAGAAGAUAAAUUUCCGGAAAUUUUGCCGAGGAAUGAUAGUAAAAGUACUGUGAAAUUUUCUGCUCUAUCAAAAAGUUCAACUGUUGCAAAUGUCUCGACAUUCAAUAAUUCCAAUAGGAUUGAACAUAAAAUUGAUCUACUGCAAGAUCUCCAUCGGGAACUUCUUCUGGAAGCCAGUACAACUGUGGAAUUUCGUGUUAUACCGAAGGAAUGGAGGGAUGAUCAUCAGAUUAAUGAGAUUUUUACCACUAGAACAAAUUUACCGCCAAAUUUUGAUCUCAGUCGUGUUUAUGUGGUGAAAAGUCCUGAGAAUCGUGAGGCUUUUGUCAGUGUGAAAAUUCGUCAGUCAGAUGAGGAUUUUCCCAGCAAUAUCUAUCCAUCGAUGGAAGUUUAUGAACCCCUUUUGCGUCUUCUGGGAGUUAAACCGUUUGAAAGGAUCGAAUUGAAGGCGAAGAAUACAGUUUUGAAUUUUAUUGAGCGAAUUGAUUUACUUCCAAGUAGAAAUUUAUCCUUCCGGGAAGGAAGGGACAUUGAGGAUAAUUUUAAGCAUUUUAUCCUGGAGAAUACGAAAAUCCUUCCAAUUGUUCUGAAUCAGGAACAAACAGUUAAAUUGGCAGAAAAUCAAUUUGUAACGAUUAAAUUGAUUCCGGAGACAUUUAGGUAUUGCCUUUUGGAUGGAGAUAUUGUCAGGGAAUCGAAGAUUUUUGUCAGUGACGAGGUGAGAGUGGUCAGGAAUGGUGGAGAUGAGAAAAAGGAUGAGGAGAGUGGAAAGAGUGAAUUUGUCAAAGUUCCAUCUUUUUUGGGAAUUGUGGAGGAUUCUGUGGAGAAUUUCAAAAGGAAUCUCUGCCUCGAUGGACGUCAGAGAAAACCUCUUCCGGAAAAUUUAUUAAUUGUGGGCGGUGCGAAUAGUGGGAAGAGUCGAAUUUGUGAAGAAAUCCUCGAGAGACUAUCAAAAGCACCGUAUCACUGCUACUUUGACAUUUUUUUCUGUUCUCGGAAUAAGGGAAGAAAACCCGAAUCAAUCCAUCGAGAUUUACGUCUCAUCUUCACCACGUGCCUCACACAGAGUCCAUCGAUUCUGCUCCUGGACAAUCUCGAUGUGCUGACCAAGAAUGUUGGAGAACAGCAUACGCAAGAUGCUGAAUACUAUGCCAAAAUCUCUGAUACCAUUCAGAGUCUAAUCCUAGAAUUCACAGCCACUGCUCCAAUUUCUGUAAUUGCCACCGUGGGGAGUGUAAAGUCUCUCUCCGGAAGGAUUUACACAACCCGGGGCAGGCAUCUGUUUCAGCGUCUUGUAAAGAUUCCCGAUCUCGAUGGUUCAGACAGGCAAUUCAUCUUACAGGAAGUGGCAGGAAAAAGUGGUGUCCGUGGUGAGGUAAAUUGGGAGAAAUUUGCCAGAUUGACAGAAGGCUAUAAAUUUGGAGAUCUUAUGCAAUUCAUAGAACGGGCAAUUUUCCACAGUGUCAAGGAGAAUUCCAAGACUCCAAGAUUUACUGAGGAUAUCCUCAAGGAAACACUAAAAAUCACAAGUAAUUUCUGCCUGGAAGGUAUAGAGAGCAAUAGUGGGAGGAAUGAAGAGGCUGACGAGGAAAUAUCCGACGAGAUACCUGGCCUUGCAAAGGCUACAGAAGUUCUCGAAGAAGUUCUUCUCUGGCCAUCAAAGUACACAAGUAUUUUUGCCGAAUCUCCGCUUCGGAAUCAAGCUGGUGUUUUGCUCUUUGGUCCACCAGGAGUUGGUAAAACCUUCCUUAUGGCCCAAAUAGCCAAAGCCUGGCAUCUGCGAAUGAUUUCGGUAAAGGGACCCGAACUCCUGGCCAAGUACAUUGGUCAGAGUGAAGAGAAUGUACGACAGUUGUUCGAUCGAGCCCGAAGUGCUCGUCCCUGUGUUCUAUUCUUUGACGAAUUCGACAGUUUAGCCCCUAGACGGGGUCAUGAUUCCACAGGAGUGACAGAUCGUGUGGUUAAUCAGCUCCUGACUGAAUUGGAUGGAGUAGAAUCACUUCAGGGAGUAACAGUCAUUGGGGCCACCUCACGUCCAGAACUUCUCGAUCCGGCUCUUUUGCGUUCUGGUCGGAUUGAUCGUCUUGUAGAAUGUCCUAUUCCUGAUACAAAUGCUCGACAGGAGAUCUUUGUGAAAUUGUCCAAGAGCCUCGAUCUAAAUGGGGAUGUUUGUUGGAAGGAGAUGGCAGAGAAAACUGCAAACUUUACAGGAGCGGAUAUUCACAGUGUUCUCACGUCUGCAACGAUGAUUGCGGUAAAAGAGGCUCUCGCGAGGAGCGAGGAAGUUCCGGAUAGUGUGAUGCUCUAUCAGAAGCAUCUUCUUGAGGCUCUAGCCACUACCAGGCCUUCACUUAGUUCGCAGGACAUUGCACGAUAUCGUAAGAUUUAUGCAAAGUUCACCAACAAAGAUCGUCAGGCAGCUAAUAGGGAUUUUGUGGCUAAAAGAGCGACUUUAGCAUAAUUUUCUUUUAGGUCAUGAAUUUGGAUUGGGCAAGGUGUAUGUAAGGUUUGGUUUUUUUGGAGAAAUAUUGUAUUGUGUUUUGGAAAGUCUAAAAAUGUCUCAAAGACUGAUUUAGAAAAAAAAAAGAAAUAAAGAAAUUUCAGUAAAAA